AUGUUUGCGCAGCAACGGACGUUAGAGGGGGUUACUGCGGGGGUGGGAUCGCGGGUUUCAAGCAUUACGUGGGAAGAGGAAUUACUUCUUCGUGGUGUGCGACCGGACAGCGGAUAUGUGCCGCUGCUUCAUCCAGUCUUUCCCUCGCCGCGAAGCAAAGGCGAUGGCGGGAGUUCUGUUUCCCCUGAAGUCACGCGCGGAGUGUUUGCGGGCGAUGAUGUUAGUGGAUGUGGAUUGAAGGGGGAGCGGCUUGCAGGAAACCCGGGGGAUAAACCACGCACCCUCAGUCCCCCGAAAGCUAUUAGUGCAAGGCUUCAGAGGAAAGAACUUGCGAAUUCUCCUGGCGGCGAAAGUGUGAUUGGGUACUCCUCCGAUGGUGGGCUCUCCAGUAUCACGCAGGGUCGCGUCAUGCCGCCCUCACUGGUGCCACCACGUGUUAUUGUCCCCUCCCUCAUUCCUAUGCGUGAUGAGGCUCCACCAGCAACGCGAGAACGGACGCAACCCCCCAAUACGCGUUUGAAGGGGCUCCCUGGAGGCUUCCUUCCCCCGUUGAAUACCGACGCAUCCAGGGAUGUGGAAAUGGCGAAGGUUUCUUCCUCCAAGGAGCCUGUGAGUAGUCAAAAGUUAAAUCCCGUGGGAGGAUCCGCUCCGUUUAGUAGUGGUGCAAAUCCUAUCAGUGACACGGAAACAACGCUUGCCAGAUUGGGCGACUUUAUUCUACCCAGUAGUUGGCCCUCGCAAGACGAUAAUGCGAAACACCUUGGUAGACGAUGUAGCACCAGCAGAAAAACAGCUUUGGCGCCUGUGAGGAGCGGCAGGAAAAGUCCAGUGGGGGUGGUGGAUAAAAAAAGGGUGUUAUUGUAUGAGAAUAGCAGGAAAAAGAGGGAAUCUGAAGUUCACGGUGUCAAAUGA